UCAAUCCGACAAGUGAUAUAGUGAAUGUACUCGAAAAAUUGUGCGACGAUGUAGUUCCUCUACUAUUUGUCGUUUAAAUAUUCAAUUCGUUUGAUUUUCGUGCAAGUCCGUGGAAAGUUACGACUAGGAACCCUAAUUCAUACCAUGUAUAAAUAGAACAACUUUUACAGAGAAAACAAGUGAUUUUUAACAUUACUUUUAACACUUAACUUAAACAAAGCAGUGUUGUAUGUGCAAAAAUUUAUUUAAUUAAUUCAAUGUAGAAAAAUCCUUCAAAUCUUAGUGGAGUGUAGGACGGGCUACAGAGUAUCAUAAGGUUUUGACGAAGUAGUUCAUAGGACGGCGAUAUGAUGGUACGAAUAAUUUUUAGGUUUUCACUUUUAAUUGCCGUACUAACCGUUGUGAUCCAAACGUUGGUCGUGAAAGCUGCUGAUGAUAUUUUUGUUGUCGAGGAUAACGAACCAGAAAUAGUUCCACAUGACGAAACUACAAAUCUAACAGUUGGUUAUGUAGUGCUUGAGUUUGGUAUAACUUGGAACAUCACCUGUACAUCUGAUCAACCCAUAAUUUGGACGUAUUUUGAAGCAUCGUACGAUUGGGAGCCAAAUGUAACCACCACGGAAAUCAUUUCGGAAAAUGCGUAUAGACCGUACAGAAGCGUGCUUCAUAUUAGAAAUACAUCAGCUGCAAGUGUUGGCCGAUAUUAUUGCGUGAAUUCUGCGGCUUGGCCAGAGAGGCAGAAAAUACUGUUAGACGCAUUGGUAACCGAAAAUUCGGCAGUUACUCUAUAUGUAUACGUGAAUGACACACAGCAGAAUUUGGUGCCUUUAAACGGAGGGCUUACCUUCAUUGUUUAUCCCCACGAAAAUGUUUCUUUUCCCUGCAAACCAUCGCAGCCUGGGAUUUACCCGAGACUCUGCACCGAUGAUAAGCCGAACAUUUGUUUUAAUAUCACUGAUCCAACCAAGGGAUUUAUACUGCACUAUGAUGAGUUCAAGCCUAAGAGAUUACAGUUAUACUGCAAAUUUAACAACAAAAUAAUCUACAAAAUGUACUUAUUUAGAGCUGUAAGGCGAAAGCUGCUGGUUUCUUCAAUGAAAGGAAUGGAAAAUAGGACUAUAUACCUUGAAUCAUCCCUCACGCUAACUUGCAGUUUCCUGUAUGAGUGGCAUGUCCCUGAGAUCAGAUGGAAAGUUCCUCCAUAUAGUCGACACAUCAGAAAGGACGAAAGAAUUAAAAUUCGUCGCCUAGAUGUGAUGAAGAACUCGACGGAAACGGAUGAGUAUCUUGCAACACAGGAGCUUUUUAUAGAAAAGGUUUCGUACGAGGACGACGGAAACUAUCGAUGCGAAAUAUCAACAGAUGAUAACUUUCUAUAUGAUAGUUACAAUUUGUACGUUCGCCAAUCUGGUAAAGACUAUGUGAAGCUAAUGGAAAAGACCAAAACCGGAAUUAUUAACUGGAAGCAAAAUGACACUAACAUAUGGAAACCCAUUGAAAUAUCCGUACAGUAUCGAUCAUAUCCUCGAAAUAUUUCGUAUACUUGGUUCAAAAAUAAUGAAGAAUUAAUAAUUAAAAAAACUGAAAACACGAGAUAUGUGUUGAAGAAAUCGAAAUACAAUAUCAGACUAACGAUACUCGAACCGACGGUCCAUGAUACGGAUGUGUACAGCGUUACUGUCCAUGCUGGAGACGCAUCAAAACGCUGCAAUGUAUCGGUUUUCGCAUACGCUAAGCCAACGGUGGAGCUGACUAGUAUUGAAGCGGGACCGAACGAAACUGUCCAAUAUGUAUGCAGUAGUACAGGUUACCCUUUGCCAGAGAUACAGCUUUGGUUUAAACCUUGCGAUGAUGUCCCUUGGCAGAACUGUUCGAUAGAGGAGACACGGUCAACAGGGUGGAAUGAGACUGAGAACGAGCGGAAGGAUACGUUGAUUUCAACAUCGCGCGUCUAUAUCAAAAUAGCGAAUCAGUCAGGAGUGGUCUACUGUGCGGCUCAAAAUUCCGAAGGAAAUGCAACUGCCCGAGCAGAUUUGCUUGUUAGCGAUCAGAUAAUAGAGAGAGUCACCUUGAAGCUCGUACAUCCUCAAACGACAGCGACCAUCGGAGACAACAUAACGAUUUCUUGUUCAGCUGUGGUUUACUAUUAUACCAAUGAGACAUUUUUUGAGUACAAGGGUAAAAAGCUGAACGAAUCCAAACGGAUAUGGGCUUCAAAUGUCAGCUACGUUGAGAGUCCAUCAUAUGUGUGGGAGGCAAAUUUCAUCAUCGAAAAUGCUACUCUAGGAGAUUCCGGUAACAUUUCAUGUUUUGUGGAGAAUCGAAAUGGAACAACUAAACGUUACGAUUUCAAUUUGACGAUUUAUACGCCAAAAGCAGCGACAAUAGAAAACCAUUUGAGUGUUGAAAGUUUUUCAUAUGAUUUGGAUAGUCCAAUUGAGCUAGUUUGCAAUAUCGGUGGAGUUCCCGAGCCUCAAGUCACAUGGGUCAAGGUUUAUGAUUCAGGCGAAGAAGAGCUCAUUCCAGAAAAGAAUGACAAAAACAUAACUAUAAAGAAGCAAAAGAAUCGCAGUGUGCUCACCGUCGCCAAAUUGCAGUACAACGAUACUGGGGAGUAUAAGUGUACAGCAGAGAACAAGAUGAAGGUUGUCUCGAAGUCCUGGAAGGUGAACAUACGCCCUGCUUGGUUAAAAGAGUUUAUGAUAUUUUCCAUCGUAUCUCUGCUCCUUCUGUUGAUAGCAGCAGUAGUACUGUUUAUUCAUUUCUAUUACAAAAAGAAAAAGGAGGUGGAAGCCAUGAAGGAGGCCGGUUUGGCAUACUUUGAGGAAGGAAACCUGGACUGUUACAAUCCUGCUUUGGCGCUAAACGAGCAGGCUGAUCUCCUGCCGUACAAUGCGGAUUAUGAGUUCCCGUUAGAAAGUCUUGUGCUUUUAGAACAGCUUGGCGCUGGUGCGUAUGGUGUGGUGAUGAAAGCAAAGGCCAUUGGUAUAAAGGAACACGAGAAUGAAACAACAGUGGCUGUGAAAAUGGUUAAAAAGCAAGCCGACAAUGAGGCUAUCCUGGCGCUUGUUACGGAACUCAAGAUAAUGAUUCAUUUAGGCCAGCAUGUGAAUGUUGUCAACUUACUUGGUGCAGUUACUAAAAACAUUAGCAAACGAAAACUGAUGGUUAUCGUCGAAUUUUGUCCACUGGGCAGUGUUCAAGACUUUUUAUUGAAAUGUCGGCCACACUUUAUCAACCAAAUCAUUCCAGAAACGGGAGAGAUAAACCGGCUACGUCGGUCAGAGUCAGGUAACCUUUACAAUAGUCAUGGAUUGAAAUAUGUAAAGCUGUACUUUGGCACCAAAAAUAUUGUCGCAACGCGGGAUCAUGCGCAAGGCGAAUCAUCACAACAAGUGUAUCAGAGAAAGCGAUCAGAUACUAAAAAUGUAGAACACCGAAGCUCCGAUUUGCAGUACAUGGAAAUGAGUGGGCGGAAGAAUACAAAAGCUUCGGCAAUAUCCAUGAAGACAUCUGAUUGCGUUGGGGAGUAUACGAGCAUGGAUGGACGAACUGAAGAUGUAGAGCCUAUUGUUCCAAUGAACAAGGAAGAGCCAAUAAGAUCCGUCAAUACGACUGAUCUGAUUUGUUGGGCAGUCCAGGUCGCAAGCGGAAUGGAGUAUCUUGCAUCGCGAAACGUUCUGCACGGUGAUCUUGCUGCCCGAAACGUGCUAGUGUGCCACGACAACGUUGUGAAGAUAUGCGAUUUCGGUCUCGCACGAUCGAUGUAUAAAUGCGAUAAAUACAAGAAGAAGCAGGAGGCACUAUUGCCAUUCAAAUGGCUUGCGCUGGAAUGUAUAAGCGAUCAUGUGUUCAGCACAUACUCGGACGUGUGGGCCUAUGGUGUCUUCUUAUGGGAACUCUUUUCGUUGGCCAAAUCACCAUAUCCAGGAAUGGACGCCAAUGAAGAGCUGUACAACAAGUUAUUGGAAGGAUAUCGCUUAGAAAAGCCACGUUAUGCAAACCAGGCCAUUUAUGAUAUCAUGCUUCCCUGCUGGAAUGAAACACCAGACUCUCGACCUUCGUUUCAGGAGCUGAAACAGCAAUUCAAUGCCAUGUUGCCAGACGAAAUACGAGAGCACUUAUCGAAACUCAAUGAGCCGUACGUAGCGUUGAAUGCAGAGAAAAUUAAACGUGGUGUCAAAGACUAUUUGGCUAAUAUUGGAGCUACGGAUAAAUUGAUUGGAUCUCCUCCAGAUUAUGUGAACAUCGCGGCUUCUACCGACACUCCUGAUACUCCGCAGCAUAAUUAUGAAAAUUUUCUCAACAUGACAUGUAAUGGGGCGAAUCGAACCAGUGAAAUCAGAAAAAGUAUGACAGGAGAAAUGAUUGAACUUUCAACAACGAGUGAGAUGGUCAGUAAAGAAUGUAUGCAACUGUCUACGAUGCCACCAAGUUGCAGCAGCCGCACUCCCGAACCUUUCGAAUCAGAGGCAUCUGAUGAUGAUGAGGGCGAGUCAUCCAAAAUGUGUCCUAUGUAUGCCGUCAGUAAUCCUGGGUACAUUACAUUCACUAAAGAUGACUGAAAUCACUAGUUAAAUGCUUUGAUUCAGAAGGCUUGUGAUGAUGAAUAGUGAAGUGCAGAAUAAUUAAUUAAUAUAUGAUCAAUCGAUCUGCUCUACAAUGAGCUACUACCGAAAAUGUAACCAUAAAAUUAUGAAAAAUACUACUCGGCGAAUU